AUGGAAUUCUACCUGGAGAUUGACCCCGUCACCUUGAACCUCAUCAUCCUGGUCGCCAGCUACGUCAUCCUGCUCCUGGUCUUCCUCAUCUCCUGCAUCCUGUACGACUGCCGCGGGAAGGACCCCACCAAAGAGUACGCCCCGGAGCCGCCCGCGCCGCCCAGCCAGUCGCCCAUACGCCUGGUGGUCAUGCAGAACUCGCCGGCCUCGUCGCGCUACGAGCCCAACAACACGGCGGGAACGGCGAGGCCCCCGACGCCCGACCUGAGCCGGGACAGGGGGGAGAGAGAGCGGGAGAGGGAGAAGAGGAGCACGCUUGUCUGA